AUGUUUAAUUACUAUACAAAGUUUCAACUUUUCUCUUUUUUCUAUUUUGCUUUGAUCAUUUCCCUUAUAAUCCUCUAUGAUUCUCUCAUAGCUAAUAUUUCAUCCAAAUCAAUUGUCUUUCAAAUCAAUAUCAAUUCCUUGCAACCAUUGAAACCACCUUUAGCUAAUCGACCGUUGUUUUCGACGAAGGAAGAGACUAAUAAUGAAGUUUAUUUGAAGGAAGAAGAAGAAGAUUAUGCACAUUUGGUGCCUCCUUAUAAUCUCUCACAAGAAGAAAGAAUUUCUUGGUUCAAGAAAAACUUGCCAUAUUUUGAGAUAUUAAAGUCCACAAAUAUCUCAAGAAAAUUCAAUGGUAGAAUGAAUGAAUUUUUUACAAGUCAUUAUUGUAGUGUCCAAUUCUUCAUGACAUGGAUUUCCCCUACAAAAUCAUUUGGUAAAAGAGAAUUUUUUACCUUAGAGAGUCUAUUCAAAGCACAUCCUAAAGGGUGCUUGAUAAUUUUGUCACAUACUUUAGACUCACCAAGUGGAACUAUGAUAUUUAAAUCUUUAGUUGAGUUGGGCUAUAGAAUUCUUCUUGUCACUCCUGAUUUGUAUUUUUUGUUUGAAAAUACUCCAUCUAAAUCUUGGUUUAUUGAUCUCAAGAAUGGGAAAAAGGACCCUGGUAAAAUUCCAUUGGCACAAAAUUUGUCUAAUUUGAUUAGACUAGCCGUGUUGUACAAGUAUGGCGGUGUUUAUCUAGACACGGAUUUCAUUAUCUUGAAGGAUUUUUCAAGAUUGAGGAACUCAAUUGGUGCACAAAGUGUGGAUAGAAAUGGGAAAUGGACAAGAUUGAAUAAUGCAGUAUUGAUUUUUGAUAAAAGUCAUCCACUUGUUUACAAAUUCAUGGAGGAAUUUGCUUUGAGUUUUGAUGGAAAUAGAUGGGGAUAUAAUGGACCAUACUUGGUUUCAAGAGUGGUAGAGAAGGUAAAAGAUUACAACUUUAGUGUCUUGCCACCAAGAGCUUUUUAUCCAAUGAAUUGGGUUAGAAUUAAAGGAUUUUUUAAUGCUAAAAAUGAUUCAAGAUGGAUAGAGGCUAAAGUGCUUGAGCAAAAUGAGAAGACUUAUGGUAUUCACUUGUGGAAUAGACAAAGUAAAAGUAUGAAAAUUGAACAAGGAAGCAUCAUAGAUAGAUUGAUAUCUACUCAUUGUGUGGUAUGUAAUGACAUUUAA